UACAUUAGAGGGCCGUCAGCAGGAAGCAACUGAAGCGGGUGACGGAGCGUAACGGAGAAAAGGAAAUAACCUGCACGGUGGGCCACAGGCUGGACAAAGAGCUGUCUCCCUUUCUUUCAUUGGGAUAAUGGCUUUCAUAAAGACCUCAGGCACCCUUCACCUUUUAUUAGGACUACUUCUGCUUUUAGUAUUAGUGGGAGGACAAAUCUCUCCUGCACCAUCAACAGAUGCCUCCACCAUGACUGAGGCACUGACUCAUGUCCAUGAAACUACCAUCCCAAGCUCCUCUCAAACCUCCACUAUGGCCGCAACCAGCAUGGCUCAGUCCACUGUCUCCAGCACUAAUGAAGGUACUGUAACCACCACCUCCACUCAGUCACCCACAUCCACCUCCGGAGGCUCAGACCAAAGCACCACCCAGUCUCUCACCUCCACCUCCAGAGGCUCAGGCCCAAGCACCACCCAGUCUCCCACAUCCAUCUUUGAGAGGAUGGCAUCCAGCAGCAUGCUUUCUGCCACAAGCACCUCCGGAGGCUCAUCAUCCAACACCCCACUCACAAGCACCUCUAAAGGCACGGUACCCAUCAGCACUCGAAUGUCUCACAAGUGA